GCGCGAGAGAGGACAGUUACAAACACAAGCGCUCUCUUCAUCUAUGGAAAUUACCGAAGACCUUGCCGACAGCUCCAUCAACAAACCCGCCGCCGAGCUUUUCAGUGAUAAUAAGAGCAUCUGAGAAAAAAGGUGACGGCAACAGUGGAAAUAUAAUCUGAAAACUCCAUUUGCUUGACUCUUUCGCAGCAGCGAGAAGUGUUCAUCCACGCGCUGCUCCGUCUGUGAGUUUGUUGGACUGUGCGCGUUAUUUUUUAUAUAUUUUCUACAGAGAAAACAGACUGCUGUACAUUUCUCACCACCAUUCAACCAUUACAUUUCAAAGAGACACAAUGGUGAACCCUGGAGGAAGUGCCCAGCCCCCACCUGUUGGAGCGGGAUCUCUGUCGUGGAAGCGCUGCGCGGGCUGUGGGGGAAAGAUUGCUGAUCGGUUUCUCCUCUAUGCCAUGGACAGCUAUUGGCACAGCCGCUGUCUGAAAUGUUCCUGCUGCCAGGCCCAGCUUGGAGAGAUCGGCACAUCCUGCUACACCAAGAGUGGCAUGAUCCUAUGUAGAAACGACUACAUCAGGUUAUUUGGGAACAGUGGGGCAUGCAGUGCGUGUGGUCAGUCCAUCCCAGCCAGUGAACUGGUUAUGAGGGCACAGGGAAACGUGUACCAUCUCAAGUGUUUCACAUGUUCUACCUGCCGGAACCGGCUUGUCCCUGGUGACAGGUUUCACUACAUCAACGGCAGCUUGUUUUGUGAACACGACAGACCCACAGCACUCAUCAAUGGCCAUUUGAGUUCAUUGCAGACUAACCCUCUACUGCCUGACCAGAAAGUGUGUUAGGACGUAGGUGUUGCUCCAAGCAGGAUGUGUGCCUUCAUUUCAGCCCCUCGCUCAUUGCCACCGAAGACUUUUUUCGGAUUGGCACCUCAUCCCACUUCUUCUCAAUGCUCCGCUACUCCAAACCAGAUCGCCAAUCUCAGGCUUGAGCUCUACCGCAGACCUGCAACAGCCACCCUUUACCCCCCAAAACUCCUGAAUCAUGGAUGGAAAAUACCCAUGAGGCCCUGGAGGGGGAAAACUGAGGACUCCAUGAACUGACCCAAGAGAGACCUCUGAUCCCGAGUGACUCAAAGACGAAGGACAACGUUUUUUGUUGGUAAAAACAGACUGAACGAGAAGCGUUUUUGCGAAAUCUGCUUUCAUAACACCUGUUUGAAAAGUGAAAAGGGGGAAUACUGAACUUUUUUUGCUUUUUUUUAUGUUUUCAUAAUUUUUUUUUCCUACCUUGUCUAUUCUCCUUUUCUUCACAACAUGGUAUCUUCUCUUUCUAUAUUUUAGAUGUUGUAAAGGGAAUGUGUUUCAUUGCGGAUGAUAUAAAAAUCCAGAGGACUGGAUUCAAAGAAGUACCUGUGGCUUUUUUUGUGGAAAAAAAAUCAAAUCAUGAACACUCUUGGUGUAUUUGUAAAACUUACCAUGUACAGUAUGUAUGCAUGUAAAUGUUUUUGUCCCAUUGUGGCUACCGUACAUACUACACAGCAGCUAAUCCUGUUUCCUUUUCCCCCUCAAACCUGAAAAUCACACAGACAAACAAACAUAAAAAGUGAUAAUAAUGAAGCUCAUAGCUGUCAAUCUAUAAAUGAGGAAUGAGAGAGAAUCUAUUUGUGAUAUUUUCCAGAGACAUUUGCUCCAAUAUGGUGUAUUUAAUUAAUAAAAAAUGAGAUUAAAAACAUCCCUUUUUUAAUCCUA